AAUCAUAUAUCAACAACAAAAGAAGAGUUUUUGGAUAAAAUAGAAGAAUAUAUAAUCAAUGGUGAUAAUCUUUUAAGCGGAAAUGAAGAGUUUGAAGGUUUAGAUUUUAAUCAAAAGAGGGCUAUGCAAUAUCUUUUUAAAGAUUCACUUGAGCGUAUUAGACAAAGGGUUUUAAACAAUGGUAGACCAGUGGUUGAAGAAAACAACAGUAAUUUAGAAUUUAAUCCACCAUUAUAUAAUCAAACUGUAAUAGAUGCAUUCGAAUCAAAAACAUUGUUAAAUCCAUUAGACGAUUUGGAUUACAACCCAUAUAAAAUCGAAAACUAUAACUAUACACUAAACAACUCAACUGUAUGUGGUUUAUAUUAUACAAACCCAAACGAUCGUUCGACUUAUUACCUUUAUAAUUAUACAUCUGCAGAAGAGGCAGUAGAGUCUGGAGCCUAUGUUACACAUCUUCAUCAUUGUGGAUAUUGCUCAACUACUAAAGAUUUAUCAUCCUAUAUGGCCCAUAUGGAUUUAACAUCACCAAUUAGAGAUUGUGCCAUUGUUACUUUUGUAUCCGAAGAAAUAUCUUUGGAUUGUAUUCAACAUUCAGCUGGUUUUACCCAUAACUGUGCUUUAAUUUGGUUAUACGAUGCUCUUAAUACCAGAAAGGAUUGUCUCGAUAUUUGCCUUUAUGAUUGGAUUAUGCAUGUACCCAAUAAUGUUCCUGCCAAUUCCACUACACUCAGCCCUUGUAUUCAAUGUGAUGAGGAUAAAAGUGGUCCAAUUUUCAAAGCAGUAGCUGCAAGAACCCGUAGAGAUAGUGGUUUGAAGAGUGCCAUCAACAGACCUCCAGAUUCAAUUUAUAAUAUAACACAUUAUUAUUAUUAA